AUGACGGGUAUAGAACGGCACGGACAAGUCUCAAAAAUAACGGGCUUGUAUAUGCGAAAUACAAUUUCGGUUCAAGAGUAUGCAGAGGCUUUCGUACUUGCACAACGCGAACCUGAGUCGGAGAAAAGUCCUGACCGGAGUGCCUGGUGGUGGAGCAGUACAAAACCGCCUCUGCGUCGUCGUUCCGGCCCCUUUGCCCUGGUCGCAUCCACCAUCAUAGAAGAUGCGUCGCCUGAGUUACAGAUAGUGGAACAGUCUGACGAGAUUGCCACGGAUUUGACUCCGGAGCCUUCCAUACCACUGCAGACGAUCCACGGCGACCUACCACACACAUCCAUCGUCCACCAUGCUCCAGGAUGGACGCUUUUCCGAAAUCUGUACAUGUCCAACGGCACGCUGUUCGUUCUCUCUUCAAAUCGCUCUUUCCCCGAGUUCCGUCUAAUGAUCAGCUCUGGUAUUCAUAUGGUGAACACACCCGAAAACGCCGCGCUGAGCGAACCUACAUUACAGCACAUGAAUUAUAUUACUCCUCUAGAAGCUCGAAAACGCUGGGGAGGGACUAAAAAUCGCGUAUGGACAGUAGAAGGAAAUACGCUCCUCGUCAAUGAACCAAGUCAAUUUUUGGGACACUUCUAUCACCUAGUCGCUGAACUCUUCUUCGGGGUCCAAGCCUUUUGGCACGGAGCCUUCUCGGCAGUUUCUGCUGUUGAUGCCUACUCCACAAAAUUCACCCACCCUGCACCGCCAGCACUAAAUCGUGUGAUAUUCGCGCAUAGUGACGGGAAUGGGUGGCGCGACCACCCUGGAUUUAAUGCGUAUUUUAUGCGCGCUGCGUAUCCUUCGCUUGCCAUUGAAGAUAAGCAAGAAUGGGAAGACCGAAUAGCCGCUACCUCGGGAUUGUCUGUUGAUCGUGCAUGGCAUUUUCCGCUCGUUCUCCUUAGUGAUCGGAGCGCUUCCCAUCGUGGUGCGCUGUGCGGAAGUCAGACUCAGCGUAUUGCAUCCGAAGCUUGGGAGUACAUGCGUGAGCAGUCACGGCUCAUGGGGAUUAAGGUCGGCGGGUGGUGGGAGCCUAUUCGUGCGUCCGUAUUGAAGUUCUCUGGCCUGGACGUCGUCAGGAGGGACGGAGAUGACCUUCCAAUGCCGGACAAAAUUGUUAUCACGUAUAUCAGCCGGCAGGGUACGUCGAGGAGGAGGCUUACAGACGAGGCACACAAUUCGUUGACGAAGGGCUGGGAACUCAAUGUCAUGCAGGCUGAGCGUAUGUCGAAGGAUGCUCAGGUGCAUGCUGCUGCCCGGACGACGAUAUUGCUUGGAGUCCACGGAAACGGACUGACUCAUCUACUUUUCAUGCCUCCUACGAAGGUGUCCACUGUAAUUGAGAUCUUCUACCCGGGAGGAUUUGCACACGAUUACCACUGGACAACUCGAGCCCUUGGAAUGUCGCAUAUUGCGGUCUGGAAUGAUACCCUGACAUCGAUUACCCCGAAGGAUUUCAAGGGGGACUAUAUUCCGGUCCAUGGACCAACCGUCGCACGGAUAAUCGAGGACCGUAUUGCACAAAGAUUAUGA